AUGGAAAUCAGGCUUGAAGAGAAGGAGUUCUCAAAUGGUGAUGUUUAUUCUGGUCAACUCAGAGGAACCUUUCCUCACGGGAAGGGGAAGUACUCGUGGUCUGAUGGAAUCAUCUACGAAGGUGAUUGGGAAGAAGGGAAAAUCUCUGGGAAAGGAAAGAUUACGUGGUUAUCUGGAGCUAAAUACGAAGGUGAUUUCUCUGGAGGAUACCUUCAUGGCUUUGGGACAAUGACUUCCCCUGACGGAUCUGUCUACAGUGGAGCAUGGAGGAUGAAUGUUCGCCACGGUUUAGGUAGGAAAGAGUAUGUUAACUCAGAUUCAUAUGAUGGGUCUUGGAGAGAAGGGUUACAAGAUGGGAGUGGUAGUUAUACUUGGACUAAUGGAAAUAGGUUCAUUGGGAACUGGAAAAAGGGUAAAAUGUCUGGGAGAGGUGUUAUGAGUUGGGGAAAUGGUGAUCUCUUUAAUGGGUUUUGGUUGAAUGGUCUUAGACAUGGCUCUGGAGUUUAUAAGUAUGCUGAUGGAGGUUUUUAUUUUGGGACCUGGUCACGUGGACUGAAAGAUGGGACUGGAGUUUAUUACCCUGCUGGAAGUAAACACCCUUCUCUAAAGAAGUGGCACCGGUCUUUUGGUUAUGAUGACACUGGGAACUUUGUCCUCUCUCAUGAUUCAUCGAUCAACCUUGAGGAGCUACGGAACUCAAAAGCUGUGUCAAGAACUCUUUCUGAGAUAACCACAACAAGUGGACUGACGAGACACUCGGGUAGAAUGUCUGAGAGGUUUCUUGAUGAAAACUGGAGUACCAGUGAUCCUCCAAGAGAUUAUAUGGGUCAUGGGCCCUUGUCCAAGUCUGCACGGUCAGGUGAAUCUGGUCAAAGCGAGGGGCGUGGCAAGAACCCUAUCGUCUUCGAAAGGGAAUACAUGCAAGGAGUUUUAAUUAAAGAACGGAUUAUGAGUUCUAUUGACAUGUCACGCAAGGCUAGACCUCUGGAUGGACCUAAAGAGGUCACGAUUAGCGCUUGUGUGUCCUUCCUUGGGGGAAAAUGGAACUAUUAUCUAAUGCUUAAUCUCCAACUCGGUAUCAGGUAUACUGUUGGAAAAAUCACGCCGGUGCCUCGGAGGGAAGUUCGUGCUUCUGACUUUGGUGAAAGAGCCAGAAUCACCAUGUUCUUCCCCAGAGAUGGUUCCCAGUAUACGCCUUCACAUAAGUCCAUUGAUUUUGAUUGGAAAGACUAUUGCCCUAUGGUUUUCAGGAAUUUGAGGGAGAUGUUCAAACUAGAUGCUGCAGAGUACAUGAUGUCUAUCUGUGGUGAUGAUGGUCUGAGGGAAAUUUCCUCCCCUGGGAAAAGUGGCAGUAUCUUCUACCUUUCUCACGACGACAGAUUUGUGAUCAAGACACUAAAGAGAUCUGAGUUGAAGGUACGCUUUGUGGUCAUGGGGAAUAUGUUUUGCACAGAGUUGAAGAUUCAUCGCCGCUAUGACCUUAAGGGCUCUACUCAAGGGAGAUUUACAGAAAAGAAUAAAAUCAGAGAGAAGACUACCAUGAAAGAUCUUGAUCUUGCUUAUGAAUUUCAUAUGGACAAGCUGCUGCGAGAGGCUCUCUUCAAGCAGAUUUUGUUAGACUGCUCGUUCUUGGAAUCUCUGCAAAUCAUUGAUUACAGUCUUCUGUUGGGAUUACAUUUUAGAGCUCCCGAACAACUUAAUGACAUCCUAGAGCCUCCCAAUGAAAUGUCAGAUCAAGAAACUGAUAGUGUUGCUUCUGUUGAAGUCAGUUUGCCUCGUGAACCCUCUAUUCCUCCAAAAGGGCUGUUGUUGGUUACACACGAACCUAGUUCCGUUAAUACUGCCCCGGGUCCUCACAUCAGAGGAAGUACACUACGAGCAUUCGCUGCUGGGGAGAAAGAAGUUGAUCUCCUUCUACCUGGAACUGCAAGGCUCCGGGUACAGUUAGGAGUAAACAUGCCAGCUCAAGCCCACCACAAACUCCGUCAAGAGGAGGAGGAAUCAGGAACGGUCGAGCUCUUUGAAGUAUAUGAUGUGGUCGUUUACAUGGGCAUGAUCGACAUCCUGCAAGAGUACAACAUGAAAAAGAAAAUGGAACAUACUUGCAAAUCAAUGCAGUAUGAUCCAAUGUCAAUCUCAGCCAUAGAGCCUACACUUUACGCUAAACGGUUCACUGAUUUCCUCCUCAAGGUAUUCCCAGAAACAGCAUAG